GGGAUUAUUUUUCAGCAAAUGGAGCUAAAUCCUGAAGCUUUCACAAGAUGUUGGAAUAAUCAGUCUCUGAAAGUCUUGGGGCAAAGUUCUUAAGCUGUAAAAUAUUCAUAGAGACAUGUGGGACUGAGCAAGUUUUAGUUAACAUCUGCCUGUCUGAUUUUCUGAAAAAGUGCAGUAGCUUGAUGAAACCAACAGCUUGUCAAGGAAAACCUGCUUUAUCCAGAUUUAAUGUCAAAAAACACAGUGUCUGCGGAAACUAACUGCGUUAAAAUUAAAAACCGGCAUAAUCUGUGUCUAAUCUUACAGGCAGAUGAUGUCAGAUUCAUUUUCUUGUUGAGUGAGGUCAAAAGAUCAUCAUCCCACAUCAUCUAACUGGUUUUUGGUUCAUCUUCCCAAGUGUUUGUCUUUUUAAAUCAGCUUUGUAUUAACUUCUCUUGCGUUUAUACGCAUUUGUUGCCUUUUAUGAAACUUUGUGAUCUUGCAAUGUGCUACAAAAAUAAAGUUUUAUUCACUAACUUACUAAAACUGAAUUGUUUCUCAUUCAGAAAUACCAGAUUCAAAUCUACACGAGCAAGAUGCACUUAAUUGUAGCCGAACAACUUUUUAAAAUAUAUAUAUUACUGCAUAUUCCACUCUGCUUGUGCUCCGAGGGGAACUUCACUGCAGCUUCAUGCCUUUCCGGUUGUAUCGAGUCGUGCUUCACCAGGUGCUGAGACGCAGCAGGUAGCGCGUCUGCGUCACUCACAGCUGAACCGAGACGCUGAUUGGCUCGUUUGGAGCUCCGCGGGGUCUCCGCGCUCCUCCUCUCCGCCUGAGCCCAGCCUGCCUGCGUGCCUCCAUGCUCUGCGCUUGCUGCGGGGUUUGUGCGCUCUUCUUGGACAGACACGCCGAGGAGGAGGAGAAGGAGAAGUUGUCGUGUGCGUCAGGCAGAUCGAGGAGAGUAAAAUUCUGACUUCUGGCUGGGUUUUUUUUUUUUUUAUUGGUCAAACUGGGAGGGGAAUAAGGCACAGGGGCGAGUUUGAGGGGUUUAUCUGCGAGAACCAAGGAUACCCAACAUUAUGCAGCGCAAUUAUGGCAGGCAAGGAUAAGACAGUCGUGAGGACGCUGGAGGAUUUAACGCUUGAUUCUGGUUAUGGUGGAGCCGCGGACUCGGUCAGGUCGUCCAGCGUGUCGCUGUGCUGCUCCGACACGCACCAGUCCGUCUCGCAUGGAGGCAACUACUGGCAUCUGACGGAAUCCAUGCACAGCAGACACAACAGUUUGGACACGGUCAACACCGUCCUGGCGGAGGACACGGAGAUCCUGGAGUGUGCGGGACACUGCGCCAAGCUGCCCGAGCUGGAGGAGGUGCCGUGGAGCCUCGGAGAGGUGGAGGGCGCACUGAGGAAGGACGAGGAGCUGAUGCUGGGGAACCCGUCUCCGGAGGUCCUGGCGCGGCUGUCCGCCCUCAUCAGCCGGGCGCUGGUGAGGGUGGCCCGGGAGGCGCAGCGGCUCAGCCUGCGCUACGCCAAGUGCACCAAACAUGAGAUCCAGAGCGCCAUCAAGGUGGUGCUCUCCUGGACCAUCUCGGUGAACUGCAUCACGGCGGCGCUCAGCGCGCUUUCCCUCUACAACAUGUCCAGCGCCGGAGACAAGUUCAGCCGCGGCAAGUCGGUGCGCUGCGGCUUGGUGUUCUCCGUGGGGAGGUUCUUCAGGUGGAUGGUGGACAGCCGGGUGGCCCUGAGGAUACACGAGCACGCCGCCAUCUACCUGUGCGCCUGCAUGGAGAGCCUGUUCAGGGAGGUGUUCGGCCGCGUCCUGCGCAGCGCACUGGUGGAGAGGGACAACGGGAUCCCCAAGAUCACGCUGGAGUCCAUGGAGCAAGCCAUCAGCAACGACUCGGAGAUCUGGGGUCUGCUGCAGCCCUACCAGCACCUCAUCUGCGGCAAGAAUUCAAGCGGUAAGCUCCUCUCCGUUGCUCUUACUCGCCGCGUUAACUUGCUCUGCGACUGUUCGGGCCGCUUGCCAAGCAUGAAAAACAAUUUGCUGCCGCCUAACAAGUUGUGAAUCUGUACCUUUUCCCACUGCCUGCAGCCGGUGAGACGCUGGCUGUGUUUACUUGCGGGGCAGUUGGCCGUAUAAAAAGCAAACACAUUAUUAUUUUCACGUUGUGUAACAGAGGAAAUGGGAAGGAGCCGUUUCAUCCCAACAGUUUGGUGUUUGUGGCGACAAACUUCUCACACAAGUGAGUCAUCUUGUUGUUUUGCUCUGUGGUUUUUGUGUUUUAGCUAAAUUCACGCAGAACGUUUGUUUUCUGCAGCCUAAUUUAAAUGGUAAUAUCUCUCUCUGGGUAUUGAUCUCCACUGGAAGUCAAUAAAAGAAUCUGCUAAUCAUCGCAGAAAAUACAAGGGUGAUCCUGAAGUUUUGCCUCGUUUCUGUUCUGAACCGGAUCUGG